CCCUAGCAAGUACAUUUUGAAUUUCACUUUUGGCGGAAGUCAAUAUUUCUCGCUGAAGAAACAGAUCACAGAUUUGAAGAUGAUGCUGAGGUGUAGUUAAGUCAUUAGGGAAAGAACUUGACAAAACCAGUUCCUGUAUCAUUUCCUGGCUUAUGAUGAAGACUACAGCUGCAGUUCAAUCCCCUGUCAAGUGUCCACAAUUGAAGACUACCUCCUUUGACACUGACGUGGUUGUACAUUCCGGCCAGAAUAAGAGCAUCAGUGUACGUGUGGCGGACAUUCAGCCAGACCAGAUGGACAAUGUCCUCUGCCUGUUCACGUACAGCUGGGAAGUGAAGUACUCCACAUGGAAAAUCACGUCCUCCAACCUCGAGUGUGAGGCUCUCCAGUUUGAGUUCUCUGACGUCACGUUGCCCAUAGUAACCGCUCAGUUCACCGUGACGAGUGGGAAGAACAGCGUCCCAUUGGAUAAUCCACAAAAUAUCACAGUCCGCAUCUACAAGUGUGGUACCAUGGUAACCAACUGCGGUCAGUGCCUUAGAGAUGAUGCCAAUGAUUCACCAUUAGAAGACAUGAUGGUAACGGUGGCCCAGAACUCUGCUCAACUAGAGUUCUAG